UAUGGAUGCCAAUACUUAUAUUUAAUUGGUGAGUGACUAAUAAUAAUCAUAAAACAUUCCUAAAAAUCAUUAAAGUUUAAAUGUAAUAAAUCAAUGUGUUUAAAAUAAUAUUGUGAACUACUUAAAUUCAAUGGCAGGGAUAUCAUAAUACUGAAGAGUAUUUAGAAGAGAGAGACGAAGCCAUUAAUAAAUUGAAAAUGUAAAAUUUAUCAAUUGAAGUAUUUUAACUUAUAAUAUUUAUUAGU